AUGGACCAUUCUCACAAGAACUUCCACGCCCGAAUGGCCGAAUUGGCGAAACGUCAAGGUGCUAUGAGUACGGAUGGAGGCACAGUUUACUCGGUUGUCUAUGUCACCGCGGAGCCAACAUUUACUGGUGUCAUUGGAGGAUAUACUACUCUGACCGACGACCCUACUACAGAAGCCAGCCUCACGGAGCCAACAAGCCUGAGUUCUGUCGCUACCACUGUUGCUGAACCAACCACUUCUCCCAGUGUCAAAGUCUCCACCACCCCAACAGACACGGCUGUUGCGCAGACUUCACCGACAUCUGAUCCGGUGCCCACUUCCGUACCAACCACCAGUUUUGCUACUUCUCCCUCAAGCUUCUCCAAUGCGAACGCUGGUGUCUCGUCUGUAGCAGCUGCUUCUGCUACGCCGAGCUCCUCUUCCGAUUCCUCCAGCUCGUCUGGUAGUGGCAUGUCGACUGGCGCGAAAGCUGGACUCGCAAUCGGUGUCAUUGCCGUCGUUGGACUGAUCGCUGUCUUCCUGCUUUGGCUUCUUGGAAAGAAGAGAAAAGAGCGCGAGGCCCAAGUGAGCAAGGACAAUGAAAAAUCAACUUAUGGUGCUGGUGCUGCUGCCACUGAGAUGGUGACCAGAAAGCCAACAAUCACCAGCGCUGCUGCUCCACGAUUGAGUCUCCGGCCUGUUUCUCGAAUGUUGCCGGAGUUCAUGGGCACUACAUCCAAGGGUAGACCGAACAGCGGCAACUUGCUCACCACCAUGGGACAAUCAGGACCUGCUCCAUCUCGAAACCUGACACCAUCACCUCAACCACACGGUCUCAUCCCUGUUGUUCAGCGUUCUGAUGACCAGAACCCGAACAACCCUUUCGCUGAUCCACAGAAUCCUUUUGCUGACCCCGAGAAGGCCGUUCAAUCUCCCGCACCAGCUGCCCUUGCUCCUGUUGCGACGGCUGUCCCCAAGUCGGCUCCUGUUGCUCCAGUUAUUGCUGGUGUUGUCGCUGGAGCCGCUACAGCUUCUGCUGCCUCCGUCGCACCGAAGCCAACCCCGGCCGCCGCUCCCGCUCCCGCGCCAGCUCCAGCUCCAGCGGCAGUCCCUGCACCGGUCCCGGCACCAGUUCCUGCCCCUACUCCCCAGCAAGCACCUUCAUCUUCUCCAACCACUCCAUCGACUACUCCAUCAACUCCGGUCACUCCAGCUCCAGUGGCUGCUACCAGCCCCGCUUCAGAACCAUCUCAAGGAAAUGUUUAUCGUGUUCUGAUGGACUUCAAGCCCACCAUGGAUGACGAGCUCGAACUUCACACCGGCCAACUUGUUCGACUGCUUCAUGAAUAUGAUGACGGAUGGGCUCUAUGCAUCAGACUUGACCGAUCUCAACAAGGUGUUAUUCCUAGAACAUGUUUAGCUGCCAAACCGUCUAAGCCCAAGCCAUCACAUCUCAACCAAUACGCUCGACCUCCUCCUCCAGGAAGCCCCAUGUCUCGACCUAUGUCUCCUGCUGGCGGCCCGCUUGGACGAAAUGGACCCCACUUCAACGGCCCUCGACCUGGUAUGCCUCCUCCACAACGGCCAAUGAGCCCUGGUGGACGACCAAUGAGUCCCGCUGGAGCUCGGAGGCCUAUGAGCCCAGCCGGCACACGAAGACCUAUGAGCCCAGGCCCUUUCAACCAAGCACCUCGACCUCUUUCACCAGGACCGAGACCACAGGCAAAGCGAAGUAUGUCACCAGGACCCUAUGGAGGUAGAGGAGGACCGCCACCGAUGGGUGCUGAGAGUCGACGAAGAAGCAAUUCUGCCAGCAAUGUCCGGGAUCGCCGCAACUCUCCUAUCGGACCUUCCAAACUGGGACCUGGCCCUGGAAUCGCCUUGUGA